GGUCUUCUGCCAUCUACGGUGACGAUGGAUUUAUUAAAGGGGACGUAUUCUUAACGUGUAUUUCAAGCAUUAAAUGGUAAAUACAGACACAAUUGUACGAUAAUUUUUCAUUUGUACAAACAUGAUACAGCUGACGACACAAAUUUCACAACUGACAGCUUAGUGUAUUUCAAGCCGUCGUUUCCGUUUCAGCUGUGGUUUCAACCGUACUGUUCAGCGAGGAACUACAGUCUAUGGCGAGGACAUUACGUGUCUUUGCGUGUUUACGUAUGCGGAAGCAACGGUCAGAGAUCUAGCGAUUCAGUAAAAGAGCUCCUGAGGCUGGACUGAGCACAGCUCUGGAUAUAAAACCCCAUUUCUACCGUUUAUAGCACGACGGGGCCGUGGUGGAUGAUAGAGGGGACCAGAGGAAUAAGCUAAGUACAAUGAACGAGACCGAGAAAGCGGAGAGGAAGGCAACGGACGGGACGCUGGGACCGGGUGAGCUGCAAAUGGCCCCUUCUGUGAACCACAACCAGCAUGACAGCGUUACCGGCGAUGAGCUGGUGAGCUCGGUGACGCUGUACAGGCGACGGCCCCGGCUGCUACACGGCACUGUCCUACCGUUUCUAGCUGUUCUAUACCCAGGCUGGCUGUACAUAUGGUUAGGAGUGUACGGUGCCUUCGAGUAUCCGGAGGCAGGCCUCCUGGCGCUAGCCGCUAUCGGGAUCGCGCACGUCCUCACAGCGCUGUCCGGCUAUUGGUCCGUGCACGCGCACUGUUGGCUUACUUGUUCCAAGGAACCGGACCCAAACAAGGCUAUGUUGGCAAAAGUCAUUCCCACUCCCAACAAUGGUUUUGCUGAGCUGGUGGCACUGCAAAGGGACCAGGAUGAGAAUGGGGAGGUCAUUCUGUCUUUUGAGUUUCAAAAGAUCCGCUACAUAUUUGACCACAAAGAGAAGAAACACUUCUUUCCAAUUGCUUUUCCCAUAAACAACCCUAUGGGCUACUUUCAGUCUUGGCGUGGGUAUCAGGAGGAGGCUGAACUCAGGGCUGCAGAAAAGCGCUAUGGCACCAAUCGUGCUGAGAUGGUGGUGCCAGAUUUCCUGGAGCUUUUCAAAGAGAGGGCCACAGCUCCAUUUUUUGUUUUCCAGGUGUUCUGUGUGGGGCUGUGGUGUCUGGAUGAGUACUGGUACUACAGUGUUUUCACACUUUUCAUGCUGGUGGCGUUUGAGGCCUCGUUGGUGCAGCAGCAGAUGAGGAACAUGUCUGAAAUUCGCCGCAUGGGAAACAAGCCUUACAUGAUCCAGGUAUAUCGUAACAGGAAAUGGAGGCCAAUUUCAAGUGACGAGCUGGUCCCUGGUGACAUUGUCUCAAUAGGACGUUCACCCCAAGACAACUUGGUUCCCUGUGAUGUGCUGCUACUUCGGGGCCGUUGCAUAGUAGAUGAGGCCAUGCUUACUGGAGAGUCUGUGCCUCAGAUGAAGGAGCCAGUUGAGGACUUGGACCCAGAGCGAAUUCUGGACCUUCAGACAGACUCAAGGCUCCAUAUAAUCUCUGGGGGGACAAAAGUGGUCCAACACAGCCCUCCUUUAAAGGCCAGUGCUGGACUCAAACCUGUAGACAAUGGCUGUGUGGCGUAUGUUCUGAGAACAGGAUUCUACACCUCUCAGGGUAAAUUGUUGCGGACAAUCCUCUUUGGUGUGAAGCGAGUGACGGCAAACAACUUGGAGACUUUCAUCUUCAUCCUGUUCCUCCUUGUGUUUGCCAUUGCUGCUGCUGUUUAUGUGUGGGUUGAAGGAACCAAAGAUGCCAGCAGGAACCGCUACAAGCUGUUUUUGGAGUGCACAUUGAUCCUCACCUCAGUGGUGCCACCAGAACUCCCUAUAGAGCUUUCUCUGGCAGUUAACACAUCUCUAAUUGCCCUUGCUAAACUUUAUGUGUUCUGCACAGAGCCCUUCAGGAUACCAUUUGCAGGCAAAGUUGAGGUUUGCUGUUUUGACAAAACAGGGACACUGACCAGUGACAGCCUGGUAGUAAGAGGAGUUGCAGGGCUCAGAGAAGGAAAGGCGGUGAUGCCAGUAUCUGAGAUCCCAGUUGAGACGCAUCGAGUGGUUGCCACCUGCCACUCACUGGUGACUUUGGAUGAUGGACAGCUUGUUGGAGAUCCUCUAGAGAAGGCUAUGCUGACUGCUGCUGAUUGGACCCUUACUAAAGAUGAAAAGGUGUUCGCACGAGGCAUCAAAACCCAGGGAUUAAAGAUCCACCAGCGUUUCCACUUUGCCAGUGCUCUGAAGAGGAUGUCUGUCCUGGCUUCCUAUGAGAAACUUGGCUCGACUGAACUCUGCUACAUCUCAACUGUGAAGGGAGCUCCAGAGACACUCAGAGGAAUGUUUUCAGAAUUUCCAGCGACUUAUGAUGAAGUCCAUAAAGAAAUGUCAAGGGAAGGGGCUAGAGUGUUGGCCUUGGGUUACAAAGAGAUCGGACACCUUAGUCACCAACAGGUCCGAGAGAUGAGUCGUGAUACUCUUGAGUGUGAUUUACAUUUUGCCGGAUUCAUGGUUGUAUCCUGCCCUCUUAAAAGUGACAGCAAAGCAGUCAUCAGAGAAAUCCAGGAAGCAUCACAUCAUGUGGUGAUGAUCACAGGGGACAACCCUCUUACAGCAUGCCAUGUAGCAAGAGAGCUCCACUUCAUCCAGAAAGAGCACACACUUAUAUUGCAGCCAAGCCUCAAUCAGGGUGGGUGGCAAUGGGAGUCUAUUGACGGCAGUGUUUGUGUUCCACUGCCCCCUCCAAGUGUUUCUUCAUUCGUGCAUCAGUUUGACUUGUGUGUAACAGGGGAAGGUUUAUCAAGACUGAGCUGUGAUCCCCAACUUCUCAGCAAACUCUUACCUCACAUAAAAGUGUUUGCCCGCGUCAGUCCCAAACAGAAGGAAUCUGUCAUCACAAGUCUCAAGGGGCUAGGUUAUGUGACAUUAAUGUGUGGUGAUGGCACAAAUGAUGUUGGAGCUCUUAAACAUGCUCACAUAGGUGUUGCUUUGUUAGCCAACGCUCCUGAGCGUAUGCCUGAAAAGAAGAAACGAGGGAGAGAAAAGGACGUGCCUACGUCAGAAUCCAGACCUUUACCACCUGUCAGUUCUGGAGGUAAACUGAGUUCACGGGCAGCUAGGCAGAGGGUUAUGGCCCAGAGAGAAGAGCAACUUGCAGCACAAAAGGAGAGGAUCAGUCAAGUAUUACGGGAGCUUGAAGAGGAUCAGGUACAAGUAGUGAAGCUUGGUGAUGCCUCCAUUGCUGCCCCAUUCACCUCCAAACUCUCCUCUAUACAGUGCAUCUGCCAUGUAAUAAAGCAAGGCCGUUGUACUCUGGUGACAACGCUCCAAAUGUUCAAGAUCCUCGCUCUCAAUGCCCUGGUGCUCGCUUACAGCCAGUCUGUACUCUACCUCGAGGGGGUCAAGUUUAGUGAUUUCCAGGCAACUUUGCAGGGCCUACUCUUGGCAGGAUGCUUCCUUUUCAUCUCGAGAUCAAAGCCACUGAAAUCUUUGUCUCGAGAGCGGCCCUUACCAAAUAUCUUCAAUCUUUAUACGGUGUUGACUGUGCUGCUGCAGUUUGCUGUUCACUUCUGUAGUCUGGUGUACCUUUACAGAGAAGCACAAAGCAGAAGUCCGCCCAGAGAAGAAAUAUUUGUGGAUCUAUAUAAAGAGUUUGAGCCCAGUCUAAUCAACAGCACUGUCUAUAUUAUGUCUAUGGCAAUGCAGAUGGCUACCUUUGCCAUUAACUACAAGGGUCACCCCUUCAUGGAGUCUCUCAGCGAGAAUCGACCAUUACUAUGGAGCAUUGCUCUGUCAGGUUUAGCCAUCGUAGGACUUCUUACUGGUUCCUCACCAGAAUUCAAUGAGCAGUUUGCUCUCGUAGAUAUUCCAACAGAGUUCAAGCUAAUCAUUGCCCAGGUUCUGGUCGUGGACUUUGUUGCUGCUCUUCUGGUGGACCGUGUCCUGCAGUUCCUGCUGGGGAAAGGAACUCUCAGGCUGCCUUCUUGAACUCAGUGCCAACAACAACCACUGCCCUUACCAAACAAACUGUAAAGGGAGACAAGACUUUGCAGGAGAAAGAGAAUUAAUGCUGUUGUGGCACACACAGGACAGCUGAGACAGUCGUGAUGUGCAGUGCUGUGCACUCUGUGUAUCCCUUCCUUCAUCCCACUCUAACCCUCCUUAACCAUCUGUGAUUCUACUUUUUUAUUUUAUCUUUAUCUUUCUUCAAACCUUAAUUGCUUUCUGCAUCUCUCUCUGUCUCUCUUCAUCCAUCUACAUUUCUACAUCUCUCUCUUUUUCUCUUCAUCUGUCUUUCUCCAUUGAUACACACAGCCAUGAAGACAACAGUAUUGACUGGAGUGUGGGACUGUGUGCCAACCAGAGUGAAACAUACAGGCACACAAAGAAGGCAUUCUCUAAGAGAAUUGCAAAAGUGUUUUGAUGUUUUUUGAUUCCUCACCAUUGUUUUGUAAAAAGUGGAAAAAAAAAAACUCUAACAGACUUAUAAAG